AGUUGUGAAUUAUCGAGUGUUCGAAUCACACGUCCCAUCAAGGUAUCACACGGUCGAAACUGUCGAACGUCUCAACCGCGCCGUUCUCUAUAUAAAUAUACGUAGGGAAACUUCGGACACAUUCAUUGUUGCAAUUGAUAGUGUGUACAAAGUGAAACGGACAUUUAUAACGGUAACUUCAAUGGGACUCACUGAGAUCGUGUAUAUUUGAUGAAAUUACGGUGUUUUGUGCGAUUGAGUUGAUUUUUCGGUUCAGAAAUUUCAAAUCUUUUGACCGUUGGUUCGGUUUGAUCGCUAAUAGCAGGGGAAGAAAAAAAUUAUUUAGAGCUUGAAACCAGUCCAAAAGUCAUACACACAGUAUUCAAUUAAACGGUAAACUGAAAAUAUACAAUGGAAAAAAGUGGAACAAUGAAACAUAAACGUAGAAAUAGUGUUUGUGCACAAGAUAAAAAUAAAUGUGAAAUUCGACAACCAACAUCGAAUACGUAAAUCGUAUGAACAAACGAGAUAGAGAGAUGAGCGAACAUUUUCACAGUGGUAUAAAUUUGAAAUCACAGCUACAUAUUAUUCAUAAAAGUUGUUUCGACGAUCAAAAUAAAAAAGAGGUCAACAACAACAAACAUCCGAACUAGUUUGAAUGUGAUCAAGUGAAUACGGUUUAACGAAACAUGAUGCAUAUAACAGAUGGAUUACCAGCUCUGUUCAUCAUAUUUUAUUUGAAAUUUUUUGAAGAUAUCGUUCGAACGGCUGCCGCCGCUGCUGUUGACAAUAAUCGCAUCGAGCCAAAUAUGUCGUUGCACCCGUACUUUGACUUCGAUGUGCCGCGAAAUAUCACCGCACGUGUAGGCCAAACAGCAUUUCUGCGAUGCCAUGUUGAACAACUGGGCGAUAAAUCGGUUUCGUGGAUACGCAAGAGGGAUCUGCACAUAUUGACGGCUGGCGUACUGACUUACACAUCCGACGAACGAUUUCAGGUGAUACGAUCGGAUGAUUCGGAAAAUUGGACGUUGCAAAUAAAAUUUUCGCAGGCACGUGAUAGUGGCAUCUACGAGUGCCAAGUGAAUACGGAACCAAAAAUGUCGAUGGCAUUUCGCUUAAACAUUGUCGAGGCAAAAGCGGUUGUUGUUGGUCCAACGGAUAUAUACGUUAAGAUGGGAAGUGAAGUGGUGCUGACAUGCAUUGUAAGCCAAGGACCACAUGAGCUUGGGACGAUCUACUGGUAUCGAGAUUUGACCAUGUUGGAUGUGCCAGCGGAGUUUGAAUCGAAUGACGUCGACUAUUCGCCCCGGAUAACUGUUGACACCAAAUGGACAGAUGCAUUGCGCUCAAGAUUGAAAAUAUCGGCAGCAAGAGUCACGGAUUCAGGCAACUACACCUGUACACCAACGGCAGCUGAAGGUGCCAGUGUUACCGUGCACAUUAUUAAUGGUGAAUCUCCGGCUGCCAUGCAGCGAGGUUGUGCAAAUGCCAACAUCGAUAUGUCGAUUGUGUUGUACAUCGUUACAUUGUCAAUGCUGUUACAGCAACUAAACCGGAUAACACAUGGCUACGGUGUAUCGUCAGAUGUGAUUCGAUGGUUCAGCUCAAUAACACCAAAAAAGACAAUAGCAUCUUCGUUCCAUUGUCAACAACACCAAAUUGAAGCGGAUUGUUCUAGAUUGCAGCCAUCUGCAAAUUCUUAUCGAACAGCUGCAGAAAAUCGGAUCACAGUAAACAGUGUCGAUUGUGUCGCUUGCAUCGUGAGAUGAAAGCCAAACAGGCAAACACGUAACAAUGGAUCGUCUUUUUUGGUAAAUAAGGUUAAAAUUGUGUCUUGCAGAAAGACAACUUACGAAAAUUGUGUUUAAAGUGAAAUUGGAUUUUGAAUUUAAUUUAAGAACGAUUUUUUUUUUGUGUGAAGAACAAAUGAUAAUGAAACAAAGAAGAAAUGACCGGAAACAAUGUUUCAGUUUAUAAGGGAAGGAGAGAUGUAAAUAAUAAGAACUCUUUGAUUAGUCCAAAAACAAAACUAAAAAAAAAAAAAUCUAUUUCUAUAUAUACGAUGAUAUUAAUUCUCAGUACCGUCGAUGCAACCUGUGAUUGGCAAACCAAUAUGAAAAGACAAAAGAAAAAUCUAAAUCAAUUUCUAGCUGAAGCACGAAGCACAUAAAACCAACAGAAAAAAAAUUACUUAAUUUAGAUCGAUUAUCUUUCAUUAACUCAAAUGAAUUACAUUCUCGCAAUCUUUUCAUUUUCAACCCGAGCGGAAAUAACUUUAAACAGUUAAUUAAAUGCUCAUGAAUCAAUUUGGAUCAAGGUUACAUUCAUUCCCUCUACUUUAGCCAACAUUGCACCGGUGAAUAGAAAAAAUGCACCGAGUGAGCAAAAAAGUUUUCCAAUGAAACGAAAAGAAAAAACGGAAAAAAAAACGGCGAGAGAGACAGAGAGCAGCACACGAGAAGUGGGAAAUAAAUAGCGGAAAUCCCAUUAGUAACAUUAAUCAUGACGAAAAAAAACCAGAAAAUUAAAUUAAAAGUGAAAAUAGAUAAAAAAAAACCACACAUACACAGAACAAGAACUAUUUUAUGAAGAUAAAAAAAACACACACACCCAAAUUUUUGCAUGCACAUUUAUGGUGAUGUCAUGGCCACACAUUAUUAUCAUUGUGACAGUAAAUUUUAAGUAAAUGUAAAACAGAAUGUUCAUUGCUAAAUCAAAUAAAUCACUUGGACUAGGGGAAUAGGGUGAAAUUAAUUUAGUAAAAUAGAACCACAAACUUUUACCUUGAUUUAACAUCAUGUUUAAAUAUUGAUAUGACCUCGGUAUUAAAUGUGAACUUUAUGUUGCAUUGAGGCAAAACAGAGAAGAGAAGAACAAAACAACCAGAAAAAUUUCUAACAAAUCCGAAGAAAUGUCCUCGCAUACAUUUCAAAGUUUAAGCGCUAAACACAUUUCCUUAUAUGUUACUUGCUCGGCUUUUGCAAGUGGGCAUUUGAAGAUUGCGGUUGUUGUCGGUUACAUCACCCUCGAGAUCAUACAUACAAACAAACACACGGAGAAGUAACAAAAGCGUCAGCGGAAUGUGAGUGAUACAAAUGCGAUGCCAUUUUAUUUAAGAGCGCUGCUGCAUAUUCUGCAAAAGUGGAACAUGUUCAACGUUUUGACGUCAGUUAAUGAAAUUCUUUGAUGAAAUGGAACGGAUGCUGUUUCAUUGUAUUUCAUUACUCACAAUGUUUGCACACAAUGGGGAAAAUCGACGACCCGUGCCAAAACAGGGCGGCGGCGACUAAACGGAGCAAAAGAGAAUGAGCAAGUGGACGAAUGAGAUACAGAGAGCAAGAGAGAGAGAGAGUGUCGCAAGUAAAUGCGCUCUAUUAAAUACGUGAUUAACGUAUUUCAAUUAGAUAUUCAGUUUUAAAUGUAAAUUUUAUCAAAAACCAUUAGGCACUAAUAUACUCUUAUAAAGGAAAUAUUUGCAUGUCAACGAAGGAGAGAGAAGGUAAGCAGAGCAUGGAAGGAGAUACUUUUAAAAUACGAUUUCUGUUGAAUGUUACAAUUAAAACUAUGUAGGUUAACGACAAUCGAAUGAACCAAAAAAAAAACUCACCGGAAAUUGACUUGGAUUCUUGUAAUGAAUUUUCCCACGGCUACGAUGACGCCCAAGGAUAAAAAACAUCGUUGAUUUAAUUCAAUGUGAUGGUGCAUUGCGCACCGUGCUAUCAACUGCUUAUCACUGCGUAAACGAUUAUUUUCUUUCUUUCGUUGUUCUUCUUUCAAAUGAAACGGCUUUCGAAAAUAAAUGUGACGCAUGUAAUUUUCCUAAAUGCAUUUUAAUUGUUGAGUGGGCGAGAAAAAGGUUCUUUUUUCUCGCAUUUAAUUCUCAAAUUUUAGCAUUUAGUGAGUGGGAGCGAAUGGAAGAAAAAGGAAGAAGAGGGGAAAAACGUGAUUCGUCCGUUGAUUAAUUGGCGCAUUUUCAUGGAAAUGAUCUUUUUGUUAUCCGUGUGGGCACAUUUAGCUCAAACACGCCCGCAUACAAAUGAAAAUUACAUUUAUGGUAAUAAUAAUUGGUGCUCACACAGAAGUACUUUUACAACAUGCACGACUUGUAUUGGUAAUUUUAUAUGUAUUGUAUCGGUUCUGCUGUGCGAUAUUACAACCAAUACUACUUUGUGACAUAGUUUACUAAGUAGUUAAUAGUGGUGAUCUGACAAAUUACCAAUACAAGUCGUGCAUGUUGUAAAAGUAUUUCUGAGUGAGUGAAAUUUUUGAAGAAUCCAAUUAAUCCAAGAAAUGAGUUCUUGUCCCUUUCCCUGUGUAUGUGCGUUAUUCCUUCUGUUUCUAACCUGCACAAUUACGAAUUCACAUCAUUCACGAGCACAAUCCAAAGACACUCACACACAGAGAGAGAGAUAGAAAGAGAGACAGAGACAGACACACAGAGGACUCUAUAUAACCCAAAGAAAGAAUUAUAAUUAAUAAAUUCAGACAAUUUUUACUUUUUUUCCCUUAUUCUUCCUUUUUUCCGUUCUAUGGCUCAUGGUGUUUUUAUGUUCGCGUCAGCGAAAAUAAAAACGACCAGAAAGAAAACAAGAUCCUCCAUUUGGUAAACGAAGAAAAAAAUGAGAAUAAGAAUGAAAUUAUAUGUAUAAAAAUUAGCAUAGAAUUUAUGUAAGAAAAAGGAAGAUUUACCGAGAUAAUGGCAAAGAAAAAUGAGCAAGAAAGCAACAAAAAAAAAACGAAAAGAGAGACACACACACAGAUAGCUUGAAUGAAACACAAAAAAAUUGUAAUGACGAAAAAGAAAUGCGAAUGUAAUUAAAAUAUGAAAACAAACAGAAAAACAAA